UUCUCUGUCAACGAGACUAUGUUUGACUGGAGCUGCUACGGACAGCAAGAAGUUACCCUUCGCUGUGUUGCUGGCCCAAUGGGUUACGCCUCGAUCACCCUUGACGCCGUUACCAUCGAACAACUAAUAGCAGUCCCAGAUAAGUCCUCGUUCCCGGCACAAGGCCUGGCGAACCAAUCCGGCAUCCUAGGCAUGGGCCACAUUCGCAUGACAAACGCCUUCAAUACCAGUGCUGGAUUGGGAGAAGCACCAGAGGGUCAAAUCGUGUACUCCCCAUUCGCGCAGACUCUCUUUGCCUCCAAUACCACCCCGCCCUUGGAAAGUGCCCUGUUCACACUGGCGAUUUCGCGUGACGCAUCCAACAACGGCAGUGGUGGCAUCUUCACCAUCGGCGGUCUUCCUGACAAUAGAUCCGCCGUAAACAUCACGUCUGACAACUCUACGACUGCCCCUUGGGAAUUCAUGACGUCCAUGAGUGGAGUCCCUGACGAUGAGUUUACCUUCUACUCUAUUAUAGUUGAUGGCUUUGACGUCGACGGUCAACUCGAGGCAGUGGGCUUACAGAUCAUCAUCGACAGCGGAGCAAACACGAUCGAACUCCCGGCUGACCUCGCAAAUAGCCUGAAUCAGCAGUGGGUACCGUCAUCACCAGAUGGGAACGGAGCAACUGGCCUGGAUUGUAACGCCGUGCUACCUUGGCCAUUUGGGAUCCAGAUAGGAGGGAAGACUUACUAUUCUGAUUCAAACCAGUACUGCAGAAGCGGGAUUUUUGGUUGGCGACCCGUUCUUGAAGAAUGUGCUUGCGGCUUUUGACUGGGGAAAUUCGCAAAUGGA